AUGGUCGAGAAAAGCGUCACGCGGACCAAACUGGGUAACGCACAAGUUCCCAAAGUGAGGAAAGAGGUGGGAGCAGCUCCGGAUGAAGAGUUUCUGUCUCCGGAAGAGGGUGAUGACCCGACGCAAAAGGUGGUAACGCUGGCGAACCUGCUGAUCUUGAUUUGA